AUGGCCUGUGGAAACAACAAGGCAGGAUGCUGCUCCAGCUCGAGACAGACCGAGAAGACCACCUCGUCCUGCUCUCAGGCUGCGGCUGAAGCUCGACUCGAUGCCUCGCCGGCCAAGACCGUCGCCUGCUGCGAUCCUGACGCUGAUGAACGCUGUGAUGAGACCUGCAUCGAGUCGUUGGCUGCGUACGAGUGCCAGAAGGCCUGUGAUGACGCCCAGGGAACUGCUGAACACGAUGAACAUGUCCAUGAACAUGACGAUGACGGGAAACAUGCUCCGGUGGCGUGCAGCAGUCAUCUCCGUCUGGCUUUUGAGCGCUUCAGCUCUUAUUUAGAGUCUGCUCAGUGUAUCUGUCGGAGUGUUAUUGCUAACCACAGCCUCACUCCUUGCUGCGCCGGACAGGCUACCGCCGCGCUGACUUCUGCUGUAGCUACCUCUUCAGCUGCCAUUCCGGGGACCAAACGAACUGACCAUGGCCACGGACAUGAACAUGGCUCUGAGAAAGGGUUACUUUCAGCGGACAGCUUAAGCUGCUGCUCUGACGACCAUGGCCACGACCAUAGUAAAGAUACAGGAGUUAUCAAAGGUGCCGUUGUUGACCUUGAAAAGUCGGCCGGACACGAACAUGUUCUCCUCUCAGUCACCGGCAUGACCUGCUCCGGCUGCGGGAACAAGCUCUCCAAGGCCCUCCAGGAGAUACCAGCCGUUUUCAAUGUGCGAGUCAACUUCGUCCUGGGAAACGCGGAGUUUGAUCUCAACACCAACGAAAUCAGCGUCGACGCUCUGGUCGAAAAGGUCGAUCGGGUAACCGGCUUUCGCUGUGUAAAGUCUUCCAACGACGACCAGCACGUCGACCUUGUCGUUCCAGGCGGCUCAACCGGGCUGACGGUCGAUACCUUACCCAACGGAGCCACCCAGGUCGAUGUCCUUGAUGCGAAAACAGUCCGUGUUGCUUAUGAUCCCUCUGUCCUUGGGCCCAGAGACCUCAUACAUGCCUUGGGGGACCGCACCACUGGCCUUACUCCCAUCAACCACAAGGAUCCAUCUGCCACCGCGGGGCGUAAACGGUUAUACUCGAUGCUGUUCAAAACCACAUAUGCUGCCGUCCUCACCAUCCCAGUUCUCGUGCUAGCCUGGGGACAUACCAUGACUGACAUGCGUACCAAGGCCAUCGUCUCUCUUGUCCUGGCCACGGGCGUCCAGGCCCUGGCUAUCACGGAGUUCUACAAACCGGCCAUUUCUUCUCUAAUCUACAGCCGUGUGGUGGAGAUGGAUAUGCUCGUCGUCAUAAGCAUCACUGCUGCAUACGUCUAUUCUGUCGUUGCCUUUGGCUUCGCCAUGGCAAACCGACCUCUUCAGACAGCCGAGUUCUUCGAAACAAGCACCUUGCUCAUCACCCUUGUCUUGUUUGGUAGAUUGGUUGCUGCUUAUGCUCGUAUCCGUGCCGUAGAGGCCGUGUCUACUCGAUCUCUACAGCCUACUACUGCUAUACUGCUCGAAGGCACCCAGACAAGAGAGAUUGACGCCAGACUUUUACAGUUUGGCGAUAAGUUCGUUGUCUCGCCUCACUCUAACGUCCCUACAGAUGGAAAGGUUGUGGAUGGAACCAGUGAAGUCGAUGAAUCUAUGCUCACUGGAGAAAGUAUGCCUGUUCUAAAGCAAAAAGGGUCACAGGUUAUCGCAGGUACCAUCAACGGAUCAGGAACUCUGACUGCUCUCUUGACUCGUCUGCCUGGCAAGAACACUGUUGCCGAGAUAUCAAACCUGGUCGAAGAAGCCUCAAGCCAUAAGCCAAAGGUGCAAGAUCUAGCAGACAGGGUUGCCGGAUGGUUCGUGCCUGUUGUUACGGCUGCGGCCUGCAUCGUCUUGAUCGUCUGGCUUCUCGUCUGUCUUUUGGUCCGCCACGAAUCCGCUGGUGGUGCCGUCGGCACUUCCAUAACUUAUACCAUUGCCGUCUUCGCCGUCUCCUGUCCGUGUGCCGUUGGCUUAGCUGUUCCGAUGGUCUUGGUCGUUGCUGGUGGCAUAGCUGCCCGUGGCGGAGUUAUCAUCAAGUCCGCUGAGUCUACCGAACGUGCAUACCGUGUUAGUGAUGUUGUCCUCGACAAGACAGGAACCAUCACAACCGCCGAACUCGAGGUCGUGGAAGCCAACCUGCUACCUGAUGCAGACGAUGAGACUCUUACCAUCACAAGCGCCCUGGUCCGCGAUAACAAGCAUCCCGUAUCUGUAGCCGUUGCCAAAUAUCUCGAAGACAAACCCUAUCGACGCCUUGAAAAUAUCCGCAUCAUACCUGGUGCAGGUGUCGAAUGCCUUGUUGAUGGCACCACUUUCUGCGCCGGCAACGCCAGAUGGCUCCAGGCUCAGGACCAUCCUCAAGUCUCCCGCAUCAUCAACCAGGGCAUGACCACCCUCUGCAUCACCAGAGACUCGGAGCUUCUCGCAGUAUUCGGCUUGAAGAACAACCCUCGCCCCGAAGCCAUCCCCGUCAUCAGCAAGCUCCAGAAACGCGGAAUAACAGUCCACAUCGUCAGCGGAGACGAAGUCAAGGCCGCUGAGGAAAUGGCUUCCGUUGUAGGUAUCUCUCGCCAACACGUAGCUGGCCGUCAGACUCCGGCCGACAAGCAAGCCUACGUCCGCAAUCUAAUGGAAGAGAAGAAAGUUGUUCUCUUCUGUGGAGACGGUACCAACGACGCUGUUGCAAUCACCCAGGCAGACGUUGGCGUUCAAAUCGGUUCCUCUUCCGACGUUACCAGGGCCACGGCAGAUGUGGUUCUGCUCAGCGGCCUAGAAGGACUUGUGCUGCUCCUUGACGUGUCUAGGGCUUCCUUCAGACGUAUCGCAUUCAACUUCAUCUGGUCAGGCCUGUAUAAUGUGUUUGCCAUCCUUUUGGCCGCUGGUGCGUUCGUCUAUGUUCGUAUUCCCCCUGCAUAUGCGGGUUUGGGCGAAAUAGUCAGUGUCCUCCCUGUUAUUCUUGCUGCUCUGAGCAUGUUCUGGACCAGACGCUCUUUUGCCAAUUAA